AUGCAAUCAUUCGAUAUUGAAUCAUUAAUUGGAGCAAACAAGGUCCCAUCACUUGUUGUGGCUGAGAUGGUUGCUGCAUCCCAAGCUUCUCGUUCUUCCUCAUUUUCUCCUUCAUCAUUUGAACAUCAUGAUCCAAUGGGAGCAGCAGCGGUUGUGGCUGCAGCAGCCGCUGGACGUCAUCAUCCGUAUGAUAACCGAGAUGAUGGACAAAUGAGAAGAUAUCGAACAGCAUUUUCAAGGGAACAAAUCGGAAGACUUGAGAGAGAAUUUGCUAAAGAAAAUUAUGUGAGCAGGAAGACACGUGGAGAGUUGGCAGCUGAAUUGAAUCUACCUGAAGGCACGAUUAAGGUAUGGUUCCAAAAUCGGCGAAUGAAAGACAAACGUCAACGAAUCGGCGGUAUCGGAUGGCCUUUCCCUCCUCAAAUGGCUGCUUAUAUGUUGAAUCCAUUCGCCUAUGAAAUGUGGGUCAAAACAGCUGCUGCUUCUCAAUUUGGAGCAUCUGGAACACCUGGAACAUAUCCAAGUGGAUCAAACAAUUCGAGUGCAUCACAACUGGCAUCUGCAUUCCUCCCUCAACUCGGUUUCCCUCCAUUCCUUCAAUCAAAUUCAACAAUUCCAACAUCUCCAUCAUCUCCCCACUCGGAUGAUUCAUCGAAAUCAAAAAAUACUUCAAGUGAUGAUGAUGAUUCAAAACCUGUUAAUUUCUCAAAUAGUCCAUCAUCUAGUUCACCUUCUCCAUAUUCUACUGAUUGA